AUGAUAGAAAGUAAUCAUGUAAAUAUUGUACCAAAGGAUAGUGAAACUUGUAAAUUCCAAGUAUUAGCAGAAUUAUUACAAAUGACAAUUAUACAAGUGUAUAAUACAAUAGCUAAAUAUAUACCCAAUAAUUCAAAACAAAAAAAACUUGAUAAUCAUAUUACUGCUUUUAUCAUUGAGGAUCUUCAUCCAUUUUUAGUACUUAAAUC